CAGUGUUUUCACUGUGUGGCAACAAUUUGUUUGAGUUAGACCAACAGCUGUUUAUCUUUUUUGUUGUAUAGUACUUCGUUUUUUGUUAAAAAGAACCGCAUUUAAUGACUAACUUUAACGACAAACAAUAAAUGAACAACGAGAGUGAAAUGGCUCCUGAAAGUACAACAUUGCCGCCGCUGGCAGCACUGCCGCAAAUUCCAGUGCUCACAUCUGUUAGCUGCAGCUUCGUUCUGGCCGUCAUCUAUGUGGGCAGUCUAUAUGUGUGGAGCACCAAAUACAAUCGGGAUCAUCCGACGACAAUAAAACGACGCUUUGCCAGCGUAUCCAUUGUCAUGUUGCUGGCGCCAUUGUUUGUUUACUUCUUCUCAUCGCCUGAGUUGCUGCAACGUGAGCCGUUUCCCAAGUUACUCGGUUUCCGCUGGAACGGAUUGUGGCAGGCCAUUGUGAUACCCUAUCUUUUGACGGCCCUGCUGUAUCUGGGACCCAUCUACGUAAACAUGCAGAAUGAAUCAUUUCGUUCCUAUUUUGAUCUGGAUUACUGGCGCGGCUCGUUGAGCAACAUAAUCUGGAUACGCAAUCAUGUGAUGGCGCCUUUGAGUGAGGAAUUUGUAUUUCGCGCCUGCAUGAUGCCACUGAUACUGCAGAGUUUUUCGCCCCUCACCGCGGUGUUUAUUUCCCCGCUCUUCUUUGGUGUUGCUCACCUGCAUCACAUCGCUGAGCGUCUGAGUCUGGGAAUGGAACUGAGCACCUCACUUCUCAUCGGAUUGUUUCAGUUCACGUACACAACACUCUUUGGUUUCUAUUCGGCAUAUUUGUUUGCCCGCACCGGUCACGUUGUAGCUCCUUUGCUGGUUCACGCUUUGUGUAAUCACAUGGGAUUACCGGAUGUGCAGGACCUGUGGCAGCAGGAUCUCUGGCGACGUGUGCUGGCCAUAAUGUUGUACCUUGUUGGUCUCGCUGGCUGGAUUUACCUGCUGCCCAUUGCCACAGAACCGUCGCUUUACGAUAACAAGCUUUAUUGGAACGUUUAAGCAGAGUAUUUAUCAUAUGUUGUGUUGUUGCCAUAUUCGAAAAAUCAUACAUAUUUCUUUAUGUAUCAUAUUUUAGUCAUAUCAUGUUAAGCUGAAUGUACAAUAAGUCUUCCUGUUACAUUAAUAAAUCGUGCAGCUAUUUUAACAAAUUAAU